AUGAUUCAACCACGCUCGUUUCCGUUCGGCCUCGGUUUUUUCACGAGUCUCCUCUUGCUGCUCUUUUUCUACGUUUCAAAGCUGUACUUCUUCAGGCAAUACCCAUAUCAUAUUAUCGGGCCUCAUGCUAGACAACCACUGGCGAACAAUAUUGAGAACAGCACCCUGGGCUUCGAGAAAGUCUUUGUAGUUGGCCUUCCGGAGCGGAGUGACAAGAGAGACGCACUAGCCCUGACAAGCAGCUUGACGGGGUUCAAGAUUGACUGGAUCGACGGAGUCAGAGGGGAGACUAUUCCGGACAAGGCUUUGCCCUUCGGCGUUGACAGGCUGAAGCUGUGGGAAACCAAUUUGGGAAGCUGGAGAGGGCAUAUGAACGCGGUGCGAACAAUCGUGGCGGAAGGAAUAUCCACCGCCUUGAUCCUAGAGGACGACAUGGACUGGGACGUACGCUUGAAGUCCCAACUCAAAUUGAUCGCUGUCGGUGCCCUCGAUCUCCAAUAUCCGUCCACAAAGACGUCGCCGCUUCCAGAAAGCUCUCCAUAUGGCAAUGAUUGGGAUAUAUUAUGGCUCGGCCACUGCGGCGAGGUCUUCCCUGAGCUGCUCGAGGAGAACGCAAUAGAACCUCCCACGGAUCCUGAUCUCGUGUCUGUCUUUCGGAAGUAUACCAUCUAUCCAGACUCGACGGUGCCACCUCCAGAACAUACUCGUGGCUUUCAAAACUUCUCUGCACAUCCAUAUACACGCUGGGUCCAUACGAGUGGAGGCCCAAUCUGUAGUUUCGCCUAUGCUUUGUCUCAGCAGGGGGCGAGGAAAGUUCUCUUCGAUCUUAGCGUUGAUCAUUUGGCAGGGCCGUUUGACAAUGCGCUAGCUGGGCUUUGCAGAUGGGGAAGAGGGAAGGAGAGGCUAGGGAUGAGAUGCUUAAGCGUGACGCCGCCGUUGUUUGUGCAUCACAGAGCAAAAGGGGCGGUCAAUGGUGAUUCGGACAUCCAAUCGAUCGGCGCUGGGGAGUUGAGGGAGGUCGGUACAACUGAGAAUAUUGUCUGGAGUGCGAGGCGUAACAUUAGAAACAGUUUGGUCGGCGGUAUAAUGGAGAGCCAGUUUAGCUAG